UGACCAUGUACCUACUGUACACGACAAUUUCGCUUACAUUCAUUUGGACCUUCACCGACCUGUUCAUCAUGCUGGUGGCCUCCGGUAUAGCGUGCCGCUUCGGCCAGCUAAACAAACGCAUCAACAGCAACCUACAAAACGGCUCCGAAGCAUUCUGGGGCGAAAUGCGAACACACUUUGUCGGGCUGAUCGAGCUGGUCGAGCGGACGAAUCGAAUUGUCGGCCCAUUGUUGAUCGCUUCCUGCGCAAACGAUAUGUACUUUCUCUGCCUGCAGACUCUGAACGCGCUGGAAGAUAAACCGUUUGACAUCAACGAUUGGUACUUUCGAUACUCGUUCACCUUUCUGAUAUUACGCACCUCCGUGAAGCUAUGGUUUGCAGCGGACGUGGACGAAAAGUCGGUGCGAACGCACAAACUGGUGCAAAAGAUACGCAGUGAGCACUACAACGAUGAGCUGGAAAUAUUGCGCAUUUGCUCGAGCGGUGGUGUAUCCAUCUCCGGAAUGGGAUUUUUUACUAUUACCCGCAGAAUAUUUCUUACCGUAAGUGAGUGUUUGUUUGGGGUGAAGUGUCAAAGGUAAUCGUUGGUUCCUUCAUCCACAGAUGGCUGGAUCUAUCUUGACGUACGAGCUGGUGUUGAUGCGAUU